AUGAACGACUACCCCAUGGACGCAGCGCCGCAGUCGCUCUCCGAGCUUCUUCAGCAAUCUAGGAAGCUCACAAACCAUCUCGGUCGCUCUGACUUGCCUCAGAUUCAGCUCGGUCUCGACCAGAUCGAAAACCAGAGUCGCAAACUCGUGUCCAAGAGUCUCCGCUCUGGUUCCGCACAACCCGGCGAUGCUCGAGCUCACUACUUUCUCGCCAACGGUGGUAUCGACGCAGCCCAGCUCGCCGACACCAUCAACGCGGCCAACAUCGCCGGCACUUUCGAACCCCUACAGCCCAUCUACGAUACCGAUGUCGAGAGCUACCUCACCCACGAGCACCAGCAGGUGGUCAUCAGUGCAAUCGAACAAGGCAGGCGCGAGACUUUGCAAGACUUUCACCGCAAUCUUGACCGCACCAUGCACCGCGACUGGGAGAGACAGAAGCGCAAGAUCCUUGAAGAGCUAGGCCAGCACCAGCCUACCAACGCUUCCACAGCGGGUCGCGAUGCUGAUCUCGAUGCUUCGCGCUCUGCCUUUGGCGGCGCCUCCACCUCGGCUCACACUUUGCCAUCGAGUUCGAGCGCUAUGUUCGGCUCCACUGCCACUUCGCAAAUGCACGGAAAGAUGGCACGAUACCAGAUGGUCGUCUCGCGACUCAAUUCGUCACGUCUCGAAGGAUACAGCCUUGCGCUAGCACACGCUUUCAUCGAUGCCAUCUCUGGUCUGGGCGAGGGUGCAAAGAACAAGGAGCUGCACGAGAGCUGGAAGGCGCUGGCCUCUCUGGUGCGUGAGCAGGAUGUGCGCAACGGAGAGUUCAGCACCAAGCCCAUCAAGGAGCGUCAAUAUGCUUCCGCUUACCUCGACUUGAAAGGAUGGCACGGCGUCGACGGCAUCAACCUGCGCAAGGAGCUCAUCCAAGGCUCGAAAGCCUUCUUAAUGAAAGAGUUCGAGGAGCAUAUGGAGCAGGUGAUUGCAGCCAACCCCGUGCUCGCUCAGCGAGGAGGUGCACCCACCGUGCGUUCCACUGUUGCCGCCUUCUUGCGUGUUCAGCAUCUCAGCUCGCAACACCAGUGGAGAUCCGAUUUGGCCAAGGAGCUCGACGCUUCUACCAAUGUUCCCAUUUGGGCCGAACUCUACUUGCUCCUUCGUAUUGGCAAGACCAAAGAAGCCCUGGAAUGUGCUUCCGAGAACGAGAACCGCAUUCGUUCUACCGACCCUUCAUUCCUCGCGUACCUCAAGGCGUGGGUCGACUCGCCUGACCGUCGUCUCCCUCGUCUCCUGAAAGAUCGCUUCAUCGCUGAAUACAACUCGCGUUUCCGUACCCUGCCCGAGGUGCACGACCCGUACAAGCUUGGCCUGUACAAGCUCAUUGGCAGAAUUGACGUCUCGAAGAAGUUCCCCACUUUGCUCACAUCAAGCAUCCAGAACUGGCUCUGGCUGCAACUCAGCAUGGUGCGCGAAACAUACGACGAGGAUGCGGAUGCUCAAGAUUCGGUCCGUGACCGUUUCACGCUCGAUGACCUGGGACACAAAGUGGAGAAGUUUGGCGAGUCUUACUUUGAUCCUAAAGGCAAUCGACCGUUGUUCUACUUCCGAUUGCUGUUACUUUGUGGCCAAUUCGAGAGGGCCGUUGGCUUCUUGUUCUCUCGCUCAGCACACCAGGUCGACGCGAUCCACUUUGCCGUCGUGCUUGCAUAUUACGGUCUGCUGCGUGUUCCAUUGCAAGCUGCUUCUUCGCAAGUCGAGUAUUUGCUCGUGGAGGCGGAUGGUCAGGGAGGCAACAUUGCUUCGAUCGACUUUGCCAAGCUUGUACAGCGAUACGUGCGCACCUUCUCCCAGUCAUCGCGUCGUGAUGCUUUGCAGUACCUCUACCUCAUCUGUUUGCACGCCGAUGUGGCCGAGCCUGUUGGAUCGGAACAGGUCCGACGCUGCCACGAUCUGAUCCGAGCUUUGGUGCUCGAAGCGCACCCUACCGAGUUCCAGGAGUUGCUUGGAGAUGUUCGCACUAAUGGCGCCAAGACUCCUGGUCUGAUCGAGAGGAACUUGCCUUUGAUCAAAAUCAAGAACGAACGCGAAUUUCUCUCGACCAUCGUGCAAGUGGCUGCUACACAAUGCGACAUGGCUCACCGCACCGAGUCGGCCAUCUUACUCUACAACCUUGCUGGGCAGCACGACACAGUGGUUGCUGUGCUGAACAAGGAGCUUGGUGCACGGCUGACCGACCCGAGCAGUGCAGCUGAGUACAAGUCGACAGGUCUUUCUUCCGGCGCAUCCUUCUCUGCCGCUAGCAACCUCGUCACCCUCGCCACUGCCAUCCUCGACACCUACGAAAAGCAGUUUGGCUACUCAGGCAAGAACCGCGACACCUGUCGACGACUCCUGGAGCUCAAGAAAGCCGUCGGACUCCACAGCGAUGGUCAAAACCUCCAAGCCUUGCAGACCAUCGAGGCGCUGCGAAUUUUGCCCCUUGACGCAGAGUCGAGGAAGGACGUGGUUGCGAUCACACGCAAAGCGGAGGAGUUCAAGGAAGUGGAUGAGAACAUUGCACGCAACUUUUCCGAGAUCGUACUGAUGACCAUGACGAUCUUGUACAAGCUGCAUCAGGAGCUGAAGGAGAGUAUUCAUAGGAGUGGAACGAGUGCGAUGGACGAGUACAGAGCACAGGCGAGAGCGUUGAUGAUGUGGGCGGGCAUGUUGAGGUUUAGAAUGAGCAGCGAGACGUAUAGCCAGCUAGCGAGGUUGGAUGUUUUCGUGAGUUGA